AGCAGCUGGGUUCUUGCUGCGUUCGACGCUAACUUCCACGCGCCCUUUCGCCAUGGACACCAGAUCUUCCUCGCCGCUGCACGUGGUGAUCUGCCCGUGGCUCGCCUUCGGCCACAUGCUCCCGUGCCUGGACCUCGCCGAGCGCCUGGCGGCGCGGGGCCACCGCGUGUCGUACGUCUCCACGCCGCGCAACAUCGCGCGCCUCCAGCCCGUGCGCCCCGACGCGGCGCCGCGCGUCGACCUCGUGGCGCUGCCGCUCCCGCGCGUCGACGGUCUCCCCGACGGCGCCGAGUCCACCAACGAUGUGUCCUACGAGAAGUUCGAGCUCCUCUGGGAGGCCUUCGACGGCCUCGCCGCACCCUUCGCGGAGUUCUUGGGCGCCACGUGCACCGACGAGGGCAAGAGACCUGACUGGGUGAUCGCCGACAUCUUCCACCACUGGGUCGUCGCCACCGCCCUCGAACACAAGGUGCCAUGCGCGGUGCUUCUCCUGAGCGCUGCGAAUAAUAUCGUUACCUGGCCUCGCCGGUCGUCGUGGCGCACCGGGCCAGCUGCGGCCGCCGUACAAGAACGACCGGCGGUUGUGCCACGUUUUGAGUCGGAGCGGAAAGCACGGUUAUUCACCAACCAUGGCGCGUCGGGGAUGUCCGUUGCACAGCGCUGCACCUUGACACUCGAGAGGUGCACGCUCGUGGUCAUGCGGAGCUGCCUCGAGUGGGAGCCCGAGUCCGUCCCGCUCGUGCCGACGCUCCACGGCAUUCCGAUUGUCCCCAUCGGCCUCCUGCCGCCGUCACCCGACGGAGGCCGCGGGGCCAGCAUCAACGGAGAGGACGCAACCGUGCGCUGGCUGGACGCGCAGCCGGCGAACUCGGUCGUGUACAUCGCGCUGGGAAGCGAGGUGCCGCUGAGCGUGGAGCAGGUGCGCGAGCUGGCUAUCGGGCUGGAGCUCGCCGGGACGCGCUUCCUCUGGGCUCUGAGGAAGCCCGGCAGCGUCCUCGACGCGGACAUCCUUCCUCCGGGCUUCCAAGAGCGCACUCAUGGCCAUGGGCUCGUGACGAUGGGCUGGGUGCCUCAGCUCAGCAUACUGGCGCACGGUGCCGUGGGCGCAUUCUUGACGCACUGCGGGUGGAGCUCGAUCAUCGAGGGGCUUCUGUUCGGGCACCCUCUGAUCAUGCUGCCAAUCCAUGUCGACCAAGGGCCGAACGCGCGGCUGAUGGAGGGAAAGAAGGUAGGAGUGCAGGUGCCUAGGGACGAGAACGACGGAUCCAUCGACCGCGAAGGCGUUGCGAGCACAGUGAGGGCUGUGAUGCUGGAGGAAGAAACUAGGAGCGUCCUUGCAGCAAAUGCCAAGAGGUCGCAAGAGAUUGUGGCUGACAAGGAGCUCCAUGAGAGCUACAUCGAUGGAUUUAUUAAGCAGCUUAGAUCUUACAAGGGGUGAAUACUUCCCUGAGAACAUUUCAACAUGGAGCUUCUUCAACGAUACCACUUGCUGGGACUAGUUUUCAAUUGGUGCUUUGGUGUGAUUUUGUAGCCUGGUCAUCGUCGAAAUUUCU